CCUUCUCGGUAGGAGAUGCUCCAGCCCCCCAGCCACGCCCGCUGCCCCCGCCCGGCCCGGCAGCCGCCGCUGACCUGCGGCAGCGACUACACGUCCCGGCGGCCCGCGGGCCGGGGAUGCUCCCGGGGCGGCCCUUCCGCUGCCGGGCGGCUCCAUCCCGGCUUUCCGGUGCCUGCCCGAGCGGAGCGGAGCCGGGCCCCGGCGGGGGCGGUGGCGGCGCUGGAGCCGGAGGCCGAGGCGGAGGCGUGCGGGGCCGGGCAGAGCCCUGCGGCCGGUGCCAUGAGGGCCGAGCCGCCCGCCUGGGCCCCGGGGCCGGCGCAGGCGGCCGCGCUGCUGGAGGAGGCGGCAGACCUGCUGGUGCUGCACCGCGACUUCGCCGCCGCCCUGGAGCGCUGCGAGGCGGGCUGCGACAGCCUGGGCCCCGUUCCCGUUCCCGGCCCCGUUCCCGGCCCCGUUCCCGGCCAGGAGAGUUUUGCAGAAGUGAAAUGCUCCCUUUGUGUUGUGGGGAUUCAGGCGCUGGCUGAGAUGAACCGGUGGAGAGAAGUUCUGUCUUGGGUCCUACAGUACUACCAUGUCCCUGAACAUCUGCCUCCAAAAGUUCUGGAGUUGUGUCUCCUGCUGUACAGCAAAGUGGGAGAGCCGCAGGUGAUGCUGGAGGUGGGCAGCAGCUGGCUGAGAGCCCAGGGCAAUGAGAGGCUCCCCGAGUUCGGGUCGCUGCUGGAGCUGUACCUGGCGCAGGUGCUGCUGCCCCUGGGGCGCUUCGAGGGCGCGGAGGAGCUGGUGAGGGGCUGUGCCGUGUUCGACAGCGAGCAGCAGCUGGAAUUCCUCGGCACCAUCGGCGAGAGCCGCUGCCGCUGGACGCAGCGGGAAGAGACACGCUCGGCUGCUGAGGAGCAGCAAGACCCAGCCACAGAAACUCUUCUAGGAGUGCUGUCCCAAAAGCUCCUGACCAUGUUGACAUUACUACGUAGAGCACUGAGGUCCAUGUCAAACCACUUCUAUUUACUUCCUUACAAGAAGAUGCUCUUGGCUACUUUUUUGCUGUACCUGGUGGUGGUGAGAUUAGACCCAGCUUCUCCCACAUCACUGCCAUUCAUUUACAAACUGGUCCAGCUCUUCCGACAGGCUUGGGCAGCUGUGCUUUCUCCAAUCCAUAGGCCUCCAAUUCGAGACUAAGUGUCUUCCUCCCCUCAAAGUGUCACCUUGGCUUGGGCAUGUUACCAGGCUCUUCAGGGGCUGUUCAACUCUGAGAUGUAGACUCCUGGAAUUUCUUCAGACAGGGAAUGGUGGUGUAUGAAUUUCGAAGCCACAGCAAGCAUUCCUGACAUUUUGCUUGGUCCUGUCCAACACUAGGGUACAGCCACUCUGUCCAUACUACAACUGAAUAAGAAUCCUCCUUUUCAAACACUUUGCUUUGGAUGUGUCUCUUGAGUGAGGGUUGUGUAGCCAGUUAUGAACUAUGGAAGAAGUUCUUAUCCUUGCAAACGCUGAGCAAGUGUUCUCUGAGCAAGUGCAAUUCCUGCAAUUCCCUAAUCACACCAGUGAUUAGGGGAAUAUUCUCUUUUCCCUGAAGACAUCUGAAAAGCCCAGUUCCUGCAGCAUGGGAUUUAGGACAAGCACAUGAAAGAAAAACACUGGAGAAAUGAAAGCCUAUUGCAUUUUGAAAGCCAUGUUUUUUCUCUUGUGACUGAUGCCUCUUUGGACAGGCACACUGGAUUUUAGUCAUAUUUAAGCCAGAAAGAUGAGGAGUUGGGCCAAAAAGACUGUUGUGUUGUAUCUACUCUUCUUAAAUGCAAAUUACAGCACUCAGUGCUUGUCUGAUACAUAGUCAUUCCUAGAAGCACUUGGUGGUGGUGGUAAGGAAAUAAGUUUAUUUUUUUAAAUUAUAUUCUAUGUUAUUGUCUAGUUGAACAACUGAAGUUGUGGCUUUGUUUUGCUCUUUCCCUACCUCUUGCUUUGUUUAUGUAGAUGUCAAAAAGUCUCUCUGUAUAUCUAGAAUUGCUCCCCAAGCCUCAGUAUCCGAAGUUCUGGGUUAGAUGGGAGUCAUUUAGCAAUGCUCUGUCAUUCAGAACAAAAGUUUAUUUUUCAUAGAAAGAGAUACUUCUCUGACAUCACAAGACCUUCCCGAGAUCAUUGGUAAGAAAAUUGUGCACCUGCAGGUCAGUCACCAGACAGCUUCAUUUCUGACCACUUGGGGCAGAAAUUGGAGGUUUGGGGUGGAAUAUUAAUUUCUCCUCCAUCCAUUCAUCCAUCUAUCAUCAGCUGACAAAAGGUAAAUUCCAAGGAGGGAACACUGAUCUAAAAAAAUACUGCUUUUAAACUGUUGUGUGCUGGAGGGGACAAGUUGAAGGCAAGAAGCCUGGGACAAAUUUACCUCUGUCAUCCCAGCAGCUGUGCCAAAAUGGUGCAAACUCAGUGAUGUCAGCCCAAACGACAAAAUGUUGUCAGAGCAGCCUUUUUGGUGAGAUCUGUUCCUUUGCUCCCUCCUGGGGCACUUAGCAAACUGUCUCAUCUUCACUACUAAAAACAGUUGUCUGUUUCAUCUUAAAUUAUCCCAAAAAGAGCUACACCCCAGCAUUAUUGUCAGACAAACUCAGGUUAUUUGUGAGUGUAAUAAUAACCUUUCCUAGUUGUCUCAAGAGAUUUUAAAACCCAAACCAAUCCCAUAUACAUGCCUCCCCAAAGUUUUUGUCUCUACACCAGGUUAAGUAGCACAUAUUUCCAUAUAAAAAAGUAAUUUCUGAUAUACUCUGCACACACAGGGAAGAGCAGCCUUUGAUACUGCUUUGGUAUUGAUAUUUCAGUUUAUUACUGAAACCAACAUUUAAUGUGAAAUCAGAUAGAAUGAAACACAGAAGCUCUGUCUGGAGAUGAGCUCUUCCAAGAAAUGACCAGGAUCAGUCCUCUGCCCCUUGCUUUGCAAGGCCUCUGGUUAAAUCCUUUGUAAGCCAGUUAAUGAAAUGGCAAACUUCACUCUGAAGUCAGGCCAAAUUCUUAUCAAAGUGACUGUUAGGUAAUGAACACUUUUUGCUGUAAUCUUCUGGCAUCAUUUUUAGUUGGAUGGCAGAGAUGCUGUUUUGGAGGUUGGUUUGGACCAAUGGUUUCAGCAGGCCAUACAUUUUAGGAUGCUGUUAAGUGUCCUUUACUAGGACUUUUAACAUUCAACUUUUAAGUGUAGGUUGGUAACCUUGAAUUUAUUGGAGUACUACUGAUUUAGAAUUUAUAUUGUUUUUAAUUCAUCAUGAGAAAGCAAGAAGGCAGAAAUAAGCUAUCAGGGUUUUUUUUGCAAUUAAUACUGAAGCUGCAGUAUCUAAUUUUUAUAAUAAAGUGACUACUGAUUUACCUCUGUA